CAUGGUUACGGUAAACAAUAUGGCUGCGCCCAUCAAUUUUCGCUAUUUACAAAAAUGUAACUAUUAAAUCAUUUUCCUCAUAUUGGAGGGAAAUUGCUCUUGUAAGUAACAUUGAAUCAGCGGCUAGAUGGUCAUUAUGAGAAUUAAAAGGGCAACACAAACAUGACGGCUUACAAAUUCACUUCGCACCGUCAGCUGCGGGACAUCUUAAAUAAUGUAGAAAAGGUUCAGAAAACAAACAUAGAUGAAUUUUCCUGGGGACAUCUGAAUGAGAAAAAACUGUACAAGCCCCCUUACAGUGAGACACAUGGCCGAAUAUGGAAGUCAUCCAAGAAAAAGAAGGCCCAAGUGAAAGACAGUGACAUAAUACCUGGGCUGAUGUUAACGAAAUCAAGCCCAAAGAAAGAUAAUGGUAAAAAAAUGAAGGAGGUUCUCUAUGAGUUCAGUGUAGGUACAAUUGGAAGUGUCCCUUUUCCAUCACCAGCCAAAUCCCUCACACCUCGAAAGCAAAAGGUUGAAGAGUUUAGAAAAGCAGCAUCUAGUUCUAGUAAGCCAGCAGAGGAGGGUAUUGAAUCAAGACUGGAUACAGCUUCACCCAAGUCUCUCUAUUCUCAACUGGACGAUGGGAUACUCAUUGAAGAGCUGCCCAAUCAAGAAAUGAUGGUCACUUCUCCUAGAGGACACCCUGUUCAUUACAUGCCAAAAAUAUCGAAGCCCACUGACGAAGGUUAUGACAUCAUGCAAGACUUACAACAGAGACUUGAUACUGAGGGCUACUUGACUCUAAAGCACUCAUUUCUGCCAUCAUUUACUGCAGGAAUUACGAAGGCAGAUCAGUUUAACAAGCUGAGACAGUUUGAGAGUUCUGUGCUGAAGAAACAAGAGACUCGAGAGAUGAAAGUGUUGUCAGGGGUAAAGGCUGUGGCACAUUUAGAAAAGAGGCUAGAGGAGGACCUGGAGAUGAUGAAUCUGAGUGGUAUUGGCCCCAACUUCCACAAGCUCCAGGUCUACAGCAACAGCUUUGAGGAUCUCAUUGAUGAAACACAGACGUUUGGCUACAUGCUGAAGUGUAUUAAGUCAGAGUAUGACAACUACAUCACACGGCUGCUGGACAGUCAGACCCCCCAACACAGUCGGCUACUACGUGACCAGGUGCAGCAGAUGUCAGUGCGAGGCACGUCACGCCCCCAGGAGCUCGAGGAGGCAAAGCAGCGGGUGGCGAGACAGGAAGAUCAGGCUCGCAACCUUCUGGCGGAGAAUGAGAGACUCCGGCGUGAAGUGGCAGAGGAAGCAGACUGGUUGGCUAAUGCACCAGAACCAGAGCCGCCCUCCAUCCCCAUCAUCCAGAGGUACGUGGACGACACGCCCAUCGAGCUGGCUGAGGAGAUUGAGCACAUCAAGGCUCUCAUACUCGAAAAGCUUGACGCACUCACUGAACUGAGACGUAAACUGAGGCUUGAGUUUGUGCCACUCACUGUGUGCACUCACCUGGAACAGUGUAUCAAGGAGACUCAGAUCGAGGUGCAGAAGUUGCUGAAGCAGAACGAGUACUUUGAGAGAAGCAACAAUGAGAUGGAGAGCGAGCUGAGAGAGUCCAUCCAGACUGCGGACACUAGUGAGAGGGAUGCCAGUGACUGUCUCUUCAACACUGUACUGGCCUUGAUUGCUAUCCAUCUAGGCGUAUCUGGAAGAAGGUGAACUCUUUGAAGGGUCUGCCCCGCGUUAACCUGUCACAUGACGAGGCCGCGCUGGAGGACAGCGAUGACGAGGAGGAUGACGAGACCAAGUGGAACUGGUACAUCUCCUAGGCAACACAGCACCACGGCAACCGUACUCCUUGGAAACCAAUCAUCGCUUUGGAAAAUAACUGAACUUCUUGUGGUGUUUUUUGUGCGUGUGGUGUUUUUCAGUGUUGUUAAAAUAAUGUUAUAACGCCUAGAAUAAAGGUAACACUGCAAAGUAUGAGUUUUAGUGUAUAGGCUAGUAUUUGUAGUUACUCUAUUCGCUCAGACACUGUAGUGUUUGUUGUCCUUCUUUGAUAUAUAUUUUCAUGCAUGCCUUUAAAGCUGCCUCAGCACUUUAGACAUGUACAAAUGACACCAAUGUUUGCAAUGUAACCACAAGGAUACAAGUGCAGUCAAAGUUAUGGAUUCUGUAGCCAAGCAGCUAAAUCUACAUUUGUGCAUGUUUUUUAAUGUAAAAGUUGGGAAGCCUUGUAAAAUUUUUUUUUUUGACCCCAAUGUAAAUUUUUAAACCUUUACUUAUAAAUUGUUACAAAGCUCCUCACAACUCUAUUGAAAUAAACUCAAAUGUGUUGCAAUGUGUCAACAAGUGUUUGAAAACUUUUGUUAAUGUGAAGACAAUGUUAUGACAGACAGCUCAUUACAAAAAUUCUUGCAUUAUUGGAUUUAUAAGAUGUUUAGCUCGCUUCAUAUUGUUAUCACCCUAUGUCUGGCGUCAAUCUUCAUGUGGUAUGUGUCAUCAACUUUUAGCUAGUUACCAUUCUUAAAGGCCACAUUUGUCAUCUAAUCUUGAAAAAAAAUGGUCAGAAUCAGAAUAUUCAUCAUGACAAAAUCAAGAGUUUGAAUCUGGUUCAUGUACAUCCAAAAUCUAGGUCACCAGGGAAAACCUGGUUAUCACUAGAGGCCACAUUUAUGACUCAACCAUUGAUGAAACUUAGUAUGUUUAUAUUUAUAAUAUCCAAGUUUGAAUCUGUGCAAGGUGCAUCCUAAUACUAGGCCACCUGGUUUAAUCUUAAACAAGAUGUGUUUGUGAAUCACUAUGUCCCCCAUAUAUUUGACCUUUGACCUUAAAGGAUGACCUUAACCUUUUCCCUCUCAAAACGUGCAGCUCCACGAGAUACACAUGCAUGCCAAAUAUCAAGUUGCUAUCUUCAAUUUUGCAAAAGUUAUGGCCUAUGUUAAAGUUUGACGGAAACAAAUAAACCAACAGACAGGGCAAAAACAAUUAUACUGGGGGACAUAAAAACUACUUGUUUGCACUCUAAAGGCCACUGGUAUGAAUCAGUCUUGAUGAAACUUAAUCAGAAUGAUCGUCUUAUCAAUAUGAAGGCCAUGUUUGAAUCUGGAUCAAGUGGAUCACCAGGUCAAGUUUGAAACUAGAUCACCAGGUCAAGUCUGAAACUAGAUCACCAGGUCAAGUCUGAAACUAGAUCACCAGGUCAAGUCUGAAACUAGAUCACCAGGUCAAGUCUGAAACUAGAUCACCAGGUCAAGUCUGAAACUAGAUCACCAGGUCAAGUCUGAAACUAGAUCACCAGGUCAAGUCUGAAACUAGAUCACCAGGUCAAGUCUGAAACUAGAUCACCAGGUCAAGUCUUCAUCAAUUGAUGUCCAUGAACUCAGAAUGAUGAGUGUUAAGAGCCAUAAUGGCCCUGUUGUUUCAUAUUUCGAGUGUGAUCCUUAAGCAGCUCUAUAGAUUAGAUAGUUAACAUGAUUGUACAGUUACAUUUUCACAUUAUUUAACAAAACUAUAUACACGUGUUCUUUUGUCAUUCCUGCAGGAAAUGACAUUAACCAAUGUCUUAAAAAGUACCUUUGUGAUGAAAAAUUAAUGCAUUGGAAAGUCACACUGGAGUUGCAAUGCACCUCCAAAAUUGACACUGCAGAAUGAAAUCAGGUGAGACUUCUAGACAUUAUCAACUGUUUCCUUACUUGUUCCAUUACCCAUAUCCUGAAGUACAAUGAGAGACAAGCAUCAAAAGUUUUGUUGUGAUAGAAUCAUCAAUACUUUCAUAUGAUAUGGUUUCCUGUAUACAUUAAAAAAUUUGUCAAUAUGUUUUUCAUAAAUUUUGAUAAAUAUUUCAUUCAAAUAAUAUAAUGUUGACUAUUGGUUUGCUGGACGCACAGUUUAGUUGUUAUGGCAUAAUUAUUUGUUUUAAUAAACUUGCUAGAUGA